CUUCACCAACUGGCAUAAGCAGAAGAAGAAGACAAAGACAAAGACGAAGACUUUGAACUAACAAUCUCUUCCUCCAAUUCUAAAUCUCAAUCUCUCUCAAAUGGGUUGUGGUGGAACUUUGUUCUACCCACUUCUCAUAACUCUCUCCGUUGCUCUAAUCACUUACAACAUCAUCAUCUCCGCUAAUGCUCCUCUCAAACAAGGCUUCCCCGGCCGAUCUUCAUCUUCCGAUAUCUCCAUUGACCCAGUCAUCGAAUUACCUCGUGGCGGCGGAUCCAGAAACCGCAACAAUGGUAAAAGGACGAGACUUUUCCACACGGCGGUGACUGCGUCUGAUUCCGUCUACAACACUUGGCAAUGUAGAGUUAUGUACUAUUGGUUCAAAAAGGUUCAAGCUUCUGCUGGACCCGGUUCUGAAAUGGGUGGGUUUACUCGGAUCUUGCAUUCUGGUAAACCGGAUCAGUAUAUGGAUGAGAUUCCUACUUUUGUUGCUCAGCCUUUACCUUCUGGGAUGGAUCAGGGUUAUGUUGUGUUGAAUAGGCCAUGGGCAUUUGUACAAUGGCUUCAACAAACAGAUAUUAAAGAAGAUUAUAUUUUGAUGUCUGAGCCUGAUCAUAUCAUUGUUAAACCUAUACCAAAUUUGGCUAAAGAUGGGCUUGGAGCUGCAUUUCCUUUCUUUUACAUUGAGCCGAAAAAGUAUGAGAAGGUGUUGAGGAAGUAUUAUCCAGAAGAGAGAGGACCGGUUACUAAUAUCGACCCGAUAGGAAACUCUCCUGUCAUUGUGGGGAAGGAUGCUUUAAAGAAGAUUGCUCCAACUUGGAUGAAUGUUUCUUUGGCUAUGAAGAAGGAUCCUGAAGCAGACAAGGCUUUUGGAUGGGUUCUUGAAAUGUAUGCUUAUGCUGUCUCAUCUGCGUUGCAUGGUGUUAGCAAUAUUCUACACAAAGACUUCAUGAUUCAGCCUCCAUGGGAUAUAGAGGUUGGUGACAAGUACAUCAUACACUACACUUAUGGAUGUGACUACGAUAUGAAGGGUAAAUUAACCUAUGGGAAAAUCGGGCAAUGGAGAUUUGACAAAAGAUCGUAUGAUAGCUCACCACCACCGAGGAACCUUACAAUGCCUCCACCCGGUGUUUCACAAAGUGUGGUAACACUAGUGAAGAUGAUAAAUGAAGCCACGGCCAACAUACCAAACUGGGGAUCAUAGAGAGACAGAGAGAAGGAGAGAAACCGUAAUCUAUAUGUACCUGUGAGUUGCUCAUUUCUUUUCAAAAUACGUUGUCCUGCUCUUUAGUUUCUCCUUUGGUUGUGGCUAGGUUUGUAACAUAUAUAGUUUUUCAAACAAAUCCUUUCUUUGGCA